UUCUCAUUACUGACUUUACUAGCUUCCCAAUCUAUGUUUUACUGCAACCAUGAAUUUAAGCGACUUUUUUGAAGGCAGUGAGGUUUGGAAACCAAGGACUUUCGAGACCAGUUCUUGGUUCAUUUUUUUGACUAUUAAGAAUUCCACCCGUAUAACUUUUAGCUCCCUAUUUAUCUUUAAAUAUCAAUUCGAUUUGAUUUGAGGGUUGAUAAACCAUCAAUAGCUAUCAGCUCAAACGUGGGCAUGUUCUUUGACUAUUACAAAGCUAUUCUCUAUAGCGAUCACAAAUCAAUAGCUAAUCAAACUGAUCAGAACGAGGGAAUAUUCGUUGAUUAUAAAGCUAAUCAAAGCAAUCAUAAAACAAUCAAAGAAUCGUCGGCACUUUCCUCAGAAAAAUUGAAAUAUUUGUAAGUAUAGGAGAUGGAUGAAUAAAGGAAUUAAUAAUAGUAAAAGAUUGGCUGUAUUUAUGAAUCAAUAAAACCUCAUAAUAUCAUGAAUGUCAAUGGCUUUAUACGGUUUAUAAAUGGAUCAUCGUUAUUGUUGUUAUCAUUUUUAUAAUGAUUAAAAGAGGCCGUCGUGUUUUCGUGGCCACAAAAAUUUUCAAGGUCUGUCACUUUAAAAAGUUGACCCUUCUAUACUCCUCAAAUGAGUCCGUGAUUAAUGUAACAAGUUGCAGCCUCCUUCUAGUUAUGCUUAUAGUCAUUCCAUGUUUAUCGAGUCUUGAAACCUGAGUAAAUGCAAAUCCUCUUCCAUAGUUACUUUAAACCUAAUCGUGAGAUAAGGACACAAUUUCGGCGAUGUCACGUGCAUAGGGUCUGGGCGUCUAACUACCAAUACCUGUCGCGUUGCAUAAUUUGGCACAAACAAAAAUGAAAGACCGAUGCCGUGUUUUUACAAGCCGUAUACGGCACUUCUACACUAUUCGGAUUUUUAGAUCCUUACAAAAUACCUACUUUACCGAGAUAUGCUAUGCGAUGUAUUAGCCCUGAUCUCUGCCCUCAUCAGUAAAAUACAAUAUCUAGGCCUGCUCGAAUGAAUACUAAAUUCCAGACGAUAAAGCAUCACCGCUUUAAAAGGAGGGAGAACCAAAAACAAAGGCAAUCCCCUCUAGUUGUACAUUUGGAAAUAUUGGUUUUCAAUGUCGGAGAUUGUUGCAUAUCACAUAUUUGAUAUUCAGUUCAGAAUGGGUACGCAAAUGUGUUUGUGGAUGGUUCUCGCCGGUGUGAAUAUUUUAUCUGCGGAGAUUGUACCCGUAUAUUGUCUGUUUUUUCAAAGCACAUACUGCCAUUCUCCCAUGCGAAAUGCAAAAUUUCUCAUGACUAUAUCAAUGAUGAAACCGGUUGAGCUUGUUGCAGCUGAGAUAUAUGGUCCAAUAAGGCGUCUUGAUUUUUCACACUUGUCCUUUUCAUUAAACGCCUAAAAAACGGGAAACCCCAAAGCCUUACAAAGCUAAUAAUUAUUUUUCUUCUUCUGGUUCCCUCUCGUUGCUGCUCCUUCACAGUACACUGUCAGAAAUGCAGUCCUCGGAGACUUAUGGCAAGUCAAAAACAAAUGCCAUCUUCCGACAAUCGUCUUUCUAAGGAUUGGGAAGAGAGUAAAAUUACCUGAUAAAAUAUAUAUGAAAUGCCAUAAAUUGCUUGUUUCUUGAACAAAGAGCGUUUUAAAAAAAGGGCUGGGCUUAAAUAGGGUUAGAUUUAUGGUUAGGUUCAUGGUUUAAUCUUGAAUUUGAAAAUUCCAACAGAAUCGUUAUUAUAAGAACUUGAAUAAAUCUUGUAAUUAAAUUUUAUUGAAUAUGCUUUAUGUUUUGAAACUUAGUACCUGGGACCCUGAUGGGCCGUUUCUUACAAAUUGUUGUCGAAAUUUUAUAAGAUGGGCGUUUACCAGAGAGGAUGUGCUUAAUGUUGUUCUCUAAGUGGCUCAGUCAUAAACACGAUUCUGUUUUCAAUGACUGUCUAAAUGUGAGGGGCAAUGCAGUGUACUUUCAUAAUUUCAUCUGCUCAAGGGAAAAAAGGUUCCUCGUGUAAAUUAAGAUAUCUAUGAGUCAGCAUCUUCAAAACGUCCUUGUUUUUGCAAUAGGUUGCAGGUGUACUUUCGUACUGAAAUAGAUUGUCUAUUUUCUUUGACGACCGUUUGCUUUAGCCGGAAUAAUCGAAAUUCUUAGCCACAGUGAUGGGUACACGCUAUUUUACACUGCUUGGUGCAGAGUUUUCUCGAGUUUUCUGUAACUGGUGCGAGGGCAUUUGCGCUCUUUAGUCGUGGAUUACUUCAAGUUCGGUGUGGAAUGACGUCAUUAUUGCGAUAGAUUUGAGUAACAGCAGACACUUUUAGCAAAUACUAAGCUGCAACUGUUGCUUCACUGGGAUGCGUUUUGAGAUUAUGCAGAAUGAAAACCUUUUUUAGGAAGCCAUAUCCACACUUAAUACUAUUUAAAGCACUUAAGAGGAAUUUUGGGUGGCCAAGCAACACAAUAUCAGAAGAUUUCUUAUACGAAAAUGACAAUUUCAAAGCGAGACAGAGGAAUAAGGAACCCUGUUGUAAUAUAGAUGUAUUCAGAUUAAAGAUGAAGUCAAACACCAAGGAUUGACUAUCCCCUUUGCUUAGUAAAAACUGUUUUCUCUAUAAAUUCAAUUUGAUUCAGUUAUGUUAUGUUAUGUUAUGUUAUGUAAGGUUAUGUUAUGUUAUGUUAUGUUAUGUUAUGUUAUGUUAUGUUACGUUACGUUACGUUGCGUUAUGCUAUGUUAUGUUAUGUUAUGUUAAGUUACGUUAUGCUAUGUUAAUGUCAAUUUGUUAGUUUAUGUUUUAUCAAGCAUCUGAAUGCUUCUUUGAAACGUGACCAGAAAAUUUUGAUAAACUCUACCAGGCAAAAGGUAUAUUGGCCGGCUUAUGGAGAGUUUCUUUAUCUUUUUUAAGCAGGAAUUCAUGCUGUAUUUUUUCAUGAAUCAUGUUUGUGUAUUGCUAUCCAAAUCGGUCCAAUUCUGUGUAUCCAAAUUGAUUCAUGUUUGUGUAUUGCUAUCCAAGCAUCUGAAUGCUUCUUUGAAACGUGACCAGAAAAUUUUGAUAAACUCUACCAGGCAAAAGAUAUAUUGGCCGACUUAUGGAAAGUUUCUUUAUCUUUUUUAAGCAGGAAUUCAUGCUGUAUUUUUCAUGAUUCAUGUUUGUGUAUUGCUAUCCAAAUUGGUCCAAUUCACGGCAUAUCAGAUGUCACGCAUCUCUAGAUGUCUGCAGGACCGCCGAGAGGUUUUGAAGGCCCUAGGGCAAAAGCCAUAGACGAGGCCCCUUGCGAGCAGAAACUUUUUGCGACCUUGCCCUUUAGAGAAGCUUGAAUCCAUUCAUUUGUUCAAACAUUUUUUACUUUUUUAAGUAUAAUUUUGUUACUUCUAAUUAAUUCAUUUUCAAAAGAAAUUCAUUGAAAUGCGAGUCCUCCCUGGACCUUGAGGCCCUUGGACAAUUCGCUCCCAUCCCCCGCCCCCUCCCUCCCGGUGGCCGUGGAUGACUGGUGUCAGGUUUCGUGGCUUUGUCACGAUCUUAAUCGUUUAAUAACUUAUAAUUUUGAAGAUUCUUUUGUAUUAACUAGCUAGUCUGUCACAUAUGAGUAGAAUCCACUCAUAUGCAACAUUACCAUGGGAAAUGGUCAUAAAUUAACAAUAGAACUCCGAAAUAAUUUGAAAAACAGUAAAGAAUAAAGUUUAGCCAAUCGAAGUGUAGCCAGUUAGAAGUUUAGCCAAUGGGAUUUAGCUGGAUAACUGGCAGGCCAUCUGUUGAUGUCUUUGCGAUGCUGGCUUUGCCUCGAGUUUAUCCAUCUUUUGUUUAUGUAUCAUCCGAGCUUUUCACAAAAACAUGCCCCAUUUCACUGAGUCUUCGCUCUUUUGGAAAAAUGCCAUGUCGUCAUCUCAGCAUUUUCUUGACUUAAACGGCAUGAGAUUAAAAGUAAUCGUUGGUUUUUCGAGGAUUUUUGUCUAUUUUCUAGCCCUACAGUGUCAUCAAAAGUCAAUAACCAAUAUUGAAGGAAAUCGUUUAUCCGUAGUUCCCAGGCACUCAACAUAGAACCUCGAGUCAUCAGGCAAACUUUGAGCGUUUUAUUCUAAAAGUGAUUUUUGCUGUACGUUUUCAAUUCCAGCUUAUUAUAAAUAGCAAUGAUCUUUCACAAAAAAUGUAUGAAAUUAUUGAGGUAAUGUUUCACAAACUUGCGCCCGUAUUUGGUACAUGAGAUUCAAAAUUCAUAAACAGCCAAACUCCUGGAAUUUUCUGUUCCAAAUUUUCAUUCUAGAAAGGAGGCAUUCAUUAAUUGUAUUGCAUAUGAAAUUAUUGAGGUAGUGUUUCACAAACUUGCCCCCGUAUUUUGUUCACGAGAUUCAAAAAUCAUAGACAGCUAAACUCCUGGAAUUUGCGGAUGAGGUCCUUUUGAUUCGCUCGCACCGUUUUCUAUUUUACAUGGCUACGAGGCCAAAUGUGAUCUCCUGGCGAAUUCUUGCAGCGACUUAAAAAAAUCAUACGUCAUUGAUCGACAAGGUGUGCCCGGAAUGAUGAAAAUAUUUAAAAAAUCAGGUAUGAAAAUGGCGUCUUCAGUGGCGCCAAGGAAAGUGGUUUCCACGGUCCAAACUAAACGCAUUAAGCGGUGACAAGUGACGGCUAUGAUACCAUUAAGGUGGAUUGUUUCGACAAUGUUAACGCCAUCCUUCUUUUCAGCGUGAGUGACCUCAGUCGCCUAAUCCAUCAAUCUCUGUCUUCUUUUAAUUAACCUUCCAACAUUCUCUAGCUUGCAUUUGGUUAUAUUUAUGUAGAUAACCAAACCAAGAAUCGGUACCUUUUACCCCCAUUUACGACAGCUGACAGUAGAAUUUUGGGUUAUUUUGCAGAUGAAUGUUAUGCACUCAUUUUUCGAUAAGACAUGUCUUGUUUUUCUCUGAACUUUUAGAACGGUUUCGUGAAUCUCUGAACUUUGUGAAUCGAUUUUCAUAAUUUUUCAUUCUUGUUACCAAAGCCUGCUAAGUAGACAGCACAUCACCGUGUUUGCUAUUUUUGCUUUCCAGACUUCACAAAAUAAUAAUCACAAAGAAAAACAAACUCUGUUGUACAAAAGUUUAACCAAACUUGUCGAACACUUAAGUAUCCUAAUUUCUUCAUCAAUCUAUUAGGAAUUGUUUAUCAAGGCACAUCUCAUGUUCUAGAUUUUAGAGAAUAGGUACUGCCCAUUCACAAGAUGAUAACCCAGUGUGUUUAUUCGUGAAUAUUUUCAAGAAAAUUAGGAUUUUCUCAAGAAAAAAUGGAAGAAGUUUCCCUUUCUUUUUUCUACUAGAGUUUCUUGAUGGAGUUUCUUUUUUCUACUGGAGUUUAUUGUGUAUUUCAGGGGGCGUACAUGAGUAUUUUUUUUGGGGGGAGGGGGGAGAAAUAUCUUUCAUCAUCAGAAAAAUAUCUUUAAUAGUCAGGGUUGUUUCAGUCAGGGACGAUGGAGGGUGGGGUGCAUGGGGACGGUUGCCUCCCUAGCCUCUUGAAAUUUAGCAAUAUUCCGUAUUUUGUUGUUGUUUUGACCCUUUAUCUUGAUGCCCCUUGUUGUGGAUUGGUUCGUUGCCCCCCUAUACCUUGAAGCCCUUUGCCGUCUCUGGUAUCAGUUCUAAAAGCGUGUUAAUUAACUUUAUUCCUGUUGGGAAAUAUUUUGCUCAAAAUUCAGAAGGAAAUGAAUUGGCAGGAUGAGAUAUACCCUUCAUCAAUUAAUCAUCCCGUUUAGAAGUCAAAGAAAAUAUUUUCCUCCUUCAGAUGAACAUAGCCCUUUCUCCGUUGUUUUUAGAAACACAUGUAAUUGAAGCAGUAGAUCGCGGCAACCGGAAAUUAUUACUGAUAACGUAACGUGUUUUACUAAAGAAGCCCUUUCCAAGUAUCGUAUGGUAAAGUCCUUCGUAGCACUGCUAUAAAUACACACAUUACAAAUUGCGUGGGUUUAGCGUGCCUCCCAUUGUCGCCAAACAGUAUUGUUUGCAAAAGACACCCACGUUUGAAAAUUCAUUUGAAGUUCCACAUUGAACUGGGCUAAGUACCAUCUACUGGUGCAUUUAUUUUAACAAAUAAUUGCUCACUCAAUAUGGAUUGAAACCAAUGAUUGAGACAGCAAGAUUUUCACUUGAUCCAUUGAAUCAAUUUGUGAAAACGAGGAUACCCGGACAAGAGUUCUCAUUUCAAGACUGAAUUUAUUUUAGCCCACCUUGUACGUAUGCAAACAGGAGCUGUCUAGUUUCCAUACUGCUCGACCUGAUGACGUAAUUAGUUUACCCUUAACCUAACCCUAACCCUAACCCUAACCCUAACCCUAACCCUAUGCUUGAAAUAAUUAAUCAUACUAAUUUAUUACUAUUAAUCAUGCUUAUUUAUGACUAUCAGGUCAAGUAGUAUGGAAACUAGACAAUUCCAUUCAAACAAGUUUGCAACUACGCUGGUGCCAAUGGUUCAUCAAAUAACAUCUAAAUGUUGUUUUUUUUAAACUUACAUCUUAUCUGCAUUCGCAAGUAGCAAUAUGCCUUAGUUUUGCAAAAAGUCGCUUCAUAUUUGCGUCUUCAAUUGAUAUUCUUUUUCCAUUUAAUCUCGUUUUUAGGCCCUUUUUCAAAACAUUAGCAAAACUAUUAACAAUGUGUUACAAAAGUAGUCGUUUUACAAAAAAGCGAGAACGACUACAACUAUAACGAAAAAACCUUAAAUUUUAUCCCAGGGCUGUAUCAAUCUUUUCAAACAGCAUACCAGUUUUUUCGAAACAAUAAACUUUUUAGUGGUUUUUAGGGAUAUUUAUUUCAGAAUUUCGCGUACAAGAAGAACAUUUCAGACUUUGCAAACAAAAAGCGUACAGGAUUUGCGUGGAGAGGUCUGGGCCUCGGUUCUGUCUCUAAAAAUCCCAGAAUUCAUUUUUCGUUUGGUGAAAAUCUCGUACACUUUUUGCAAAUGUGAACUGCAACAUCGAUGUGGCCUAUCGGGUCAUUUUUGAUAAAGAACUCUGUGGUUUAUAGUUUGGUUUCUUUUAAUGUUAGUAUCAAAGCCUUUCUUGUAGCUUUUGGCUUUCUAGAAUCAUUUUUUUCAUAGUUACUUGUUGGUUUACUUUUCUCUGGGUAUAUCCAUUUCAAGCCCAUCUUACUGCUAGAAUAACAGAAUUCACAUAGCAAAAAAAAACGUUAACGUAAAUCCAAAACAAAAAGUCAUAACAUUGAUUGCCUUACAUUGUAACUGCCAUUCAUGGAAUGUUUUCGCACUUUGAGACGAGAAAUAUUCAAUGUGCGGCAAUUAGGGCCCUAAUGUCGCGAAACUAAUUUGAUACAAGAAUUAACGAUCUCAAAUUGAACUCAAUUAAUGUGCGUUCUUCUCUCUUUGUUUGUUUCAGUAUGUGUAAGGAAAUUACCUCUUUCCUAUUUCUUGGAUACCCAUUAAGUCGUGUAAAGUGAAUUGUCUUCCACGUAAUUGCUUUUAUGCGAAGAAUUCUAUCUUUUGAAUAAGGAAUCUUGCCAGCUGCAGCGGUGUUCUCGUUCACUGUACAGGUCAUUACAAAGAUAUUAACUGGCAUGCUAAAAGGCACUUUAAUCGAAAACGUGUGGAUUUCGCAUGUGUAUUCUGACACGAGAGACAAGUGGCAGGUUGAACACCAAAACUCUCUCAAAAUUCUUUUGAAGUUCCUUUCUUUUUAAGCAUUUUCCAAAAUAGUUUGUUUGAUUUUCAUGUUUCAUUCAUAACCAGUUUACGCAAAGUUUUCGCGCCAAGUCAUACAGCCCUUUUUGUGUUUUCUAAUAUGUUAAAGUUUUUGAUUGUUAAAAACUAAAAAGAAUGGGUUUCAAGUUUUCCCUUUAGUCAUCCAAAAAGAUUUGUCGAAAGCUUUUUCUUACUCUAGUGUCUCUAAUAGAUAAAUGCCCCCCCGUGUAUUAAUUUCAGAAGAAUUUGCCCUCCCCCGUCGAUUAUUAGCACCCCCAUUCUAUUAAAUUUAACAAGUCAAGUCGUUUGAUUUUCAUUAUUCCUUGUUUUUCAUAGUUUAUUGUAAAAUCUCAAGCGUACAAAGGAAACCAAUGAUUUUUGACUUGGUAGUUAAAAGCUGUAAAUUUGAUUUAUCUUUGUAUGAUUGCAAUUCUCUCUAAAACUAUGCAAAAAAUGAAAUCAAAUUUUGACAGAAUAUUCUAAAAGGUACUUCGAUUUCAAAAAAGGAUUGCUGACAUGAACACCCCAUUCUAUUAGCACCCCCUUGUUAUGAAAACUGGUCGACAUGAACACCCCCUUCUAUUGAAAAUUGGCCGGAAUGAGCACCCCCCCUUCUUUUACCCCCCCCUUCUUUUAGAGACACUAGAGAGUACCUUCUUAGUUGUUUUUUUACUUUAGUUGCUUCGGGAAUGGGGGCAUCAGUUUCGGGUAGAUAUAUUUUUAAAACCACUUUCUAGUAUAUGGCCCCUCAACAUCUAGACGCUGUCCUUUUAUAGAGUAACAUUCUUAAUACUAGACACUCCUCCAUUUCCCUGCUCUACCUCGCCAAUUUUUUACAACACGACAAACACAUCUGAAGACUUACAGACGGGCCUCAACACUCUGCAAACAGGCAUAAUAACAACAGGCAUAAUAACAUGGGCAUCAAAGAACUUUCCAUCUUCAAAGUUAAUAAGGGUAAUAGCAUUUGAUAAGACAUUUGAUGCUGAUAACAUUAUAAGUCCAACAAUUGACGCUGUAUUGAGAGCAAUUAUGUGAUUUUCAAUUAUCGUUUUUGGGCUCAUGUUUUCGAAAGGAGCCAUGCACCUGGCAACUGAAUGCCGUUCUCUUCAACUUUUUAAAAGGGGCGGUGCUACGUGGAAUUUUUGGGGGUGUGACACCCCCAAUGAAGGAAGAAUUGGCUUUUUACAAGGCAGAUUCAGUUUACGUAAAUUCAAACUUUGCUAACCUUGUGGUCUGCAUAAAUUAAGAUAUCGACCUGACACAAGGGUCCCCAAAGAAAUUUUGCUAGCAGCGCAAAUUUUUUGAACUUCUGUUUUUAGAUGAAAAUAUUCCAAUUCGUUCUUAUUGAAAUUGCAUUUCUGCCCUAAUGUUGCGGUUCCACUGUAAAACUAUAAAAUACGGAAUAUACAUAGAUACACUUUUUAAAGUACGUAGACCACCUGCCAUUUUUUGUGUCUAAGUUAUUUUCAAAAAUACCAUAACUAAGAAGAACCAAAUACAAGAAUUAUCCGAUAUCUUUUUAAAAGUCACAAAAAUCAUUUCCAUAUAAACUCUUUUUACACAGAGACCAUAAAGUUUAGGCUCCAAAACCAUACCCUGUCAUCAAAGAUAUUUCUUUGAUAUGGCAUUCUCAAAUUUAAUAGUACCUCAGCCUCAGUUUGUUUUUUUCUGGCCAAUUUUGAGGCCCCUGUUCUGAUAUGAAUAUCGUUGCAAGGAAGACUGUAUUAAAUUGCAUAUUAAUUGAUAAUCUCAUACCAUCGAAACUUCACCCAACAGCUCUGCACGCAUAAAGACAUACGACACUUUCAUAGUUUCGUAUAUAAAAAGGUCGAUAAUUUCCUGGCCCUAAAAUACCAUAUAGACCUACAUCAGAGAACAUAUGUUAUAGCAAUGGUACAGGGCUGCCGAGAGGGGGGCAAAUUGCCCAAGGGCCUCGAGGUCUAGGGGCCUCAUAAAGUAAUGAAUUCCAUGCUUAAAAAUGUGAUUAAUCAGAUGUAGUAACGAUUGCAGGAAACCUGAAAUGCAAUUGCAUCGCAUGUAUAGACCAACUUAGAUUUUGCGAUGCCAUGAAAAAGGUGGUGCAAAAUCGCAAUAAAUACAAGUUGGUGCAAAAGUUGGUGCAAAAUCGCAAUAAAUACAAUGUCGGCCUAUGUCACCGAAAGAAAUAUAGAACAGCCUCUAUCCACCAUAAAUUUUUUGCUGGUUUGCCCCACCCAAGGGAUUGGAACUAGCUAAAAAUAGAAUUCCAUCACGGCGAGAACUCAAAAAUGGUCUAUUAAUCCCCCCCCCCCCCAACCUCCCUCUCCUUUGGGUAUCAUCUCUCAGAAAAGGGUCUGCCCUGAGCAGCAGCGGGACUGUGGGGCCAAAAACACCAGGGGGGCCCUUGUCCUUUACAAUUCCUGUCUUUUUUCUUAGAUGUGGAGCCCCUUUUGGCUACCAUAAGCGCGGGGCCUGGGGCCAUGGCCCCCUGAAACCCUCUUUAAACCGCCACUGGCCUUGAGAAAACACGUUCAUCUUGCCUUCUAAACUUUUAAACCCUCUAGUGAAAUUCAGUCGCAAAGGCUCUGCUUCAGCUCAAAUUUAGCUACAGACAUCCAUGCCAAUGUUUAUGUUUCGACAUCCGUUGGCGUCAUUGAUUUUUCAACUGCAAGAAUUUCAGAACCCAUCUUAUAAGUAACUUUAGCACAGUAGAAUUGAAAAAUGACACGUUUUCAGCCAUUGCCAAAUCAUUCCUUGUUCACACCUAUACAUCGAAUCCUAAUUGACAAGCAGAGCGAUUAGGGACAAUUGUUUAACUUGAGACUUUGCAACUAUGGCCAGGAUUGGUUUGUUAAAAGGUGCAAACUCCCACGUCUCUUGUUUGAAUCACAUUUCCUGUUAACAAGAUUUUACUAAUGGCACCUUCUAAACUGGGAACUAUUUGUUCACAUGUCAAUCGAGGAAGUUUAUAGUUUGGUUAUAUCAUCAAACGUUCCUUGUUUAACAGCUAACUUAAUACUAUUAUUUAAUUUUUCGCAAUUUCCUUUUCUUGGCUACUCAAAGUCAAAUGUUGUGUUUUGAAACGUUGUUAAAUUGCACCAUUAGUCAUUUAAUAAUAUGGGAGGGACCUAAACAUCCGCACUUAUUAUGCGAACAAGAGAAGCAUUUCCUUUAACGAGGUUGCGCUGGAUACUUGGAAUCCUCCUUCUACUGUCCCAUUCUCUGGUGGGGCUCUCACUCAUCUGUGCGAUAUCAUCAAAAAUCUUUCGUCAAUGACACAUUGAGGUGACUCUGUCUAAUAAUCCCUGCCCAGAACUUUCAACAAGCGUGAAGUAGGCGGAAAGAUUAUUCUUAUUGUGAUGUUUUCCUUUCACGGCGUUUACAGGUUUUUCGAAAUAGUCCUGCGGGUUAACUUGCAACAUUUUUUGAAGUGCGGUGAAUGAUACAACGACUGCAGUUUUUCCAGCGCAGCUCUGCGGCAAUUGUAACCGGUGUUUCAGCUGCAAGCAAUAAAUAUUUAUCAUCGAGCCGUGAUAGUAGCAAAGGUCAUGUCAGGAGGCAAGCGUCAAAGUGCAUCACACAAGUUUUUGAAAACUGCCUUCACCUGAGUUGAUUAGUAAAGAAUUCCCUUCAAGGGUUAAUACAUCUUAUCAUUUGUGGAAUAUUGGAUCUUCAGUAUUCAGGCUGGGCAACGAUAAACUGCGCAGCGGAAGAAUUGGAAGAGAAAGUUGACUGAGCAUCGGACACAUUUUGUUAGAGGCUCUGGUUUUGAUCUACGAUCCUUGAAUUUCUCGGCAUAAUCUUUAGAUGAAACAGCUGCAAUUCUGCAACGGAAAUUAGUACAGAAUAUCGAUACACUUAUACGAAGCAAGUUACAGAAUGGAUUGCACAAGAAGUACGGUAUUUCCUUAUGAUACGAACGAAGGAGUUUACGGUGAUCUGUCUUCAAAGUACUCGUCAAAUGCAGGCAGUUAUUAUCGCAGUAUUCCGUACAACCAUACGAAGGGAUACAGUUCUCCGGUUACAUUUGGAAAAGCAACGCUAACAAACGAACAGCCCCACGAUCUGUCUGAAGGAAAUUUUUCAUUUGGACACGGUGAAUCUACUUCUGAAGAGAAGUGUCACUACUCUGGGGAACAUUAUCUACAUGCAAACAAUAACACCGACUUUACCGGCCACAACGGACAUGGUUACCUGAGAAUAUCGACGCAAGACUCAAGGUUCAUCCAGCAAUCUGGAGAUAUGUACCAACAAACUGGAGGCAUUGAUUCUUUUGGUUCAAUGAUGAAUGGAAGUAUUGAGCAUUUUCCUCAUUCGAUUCGUUCAUCUACUGCACCCAUGUACCCACCAGACAUCAAAUUCAACCCAGAGACAAUAGCAAACCAACUCGCUCAUGAUUUUGGGAAAUUUGGCCCUUAUGGACAUGCUUCGUCUUUUCAUUCACAUAGAUUCGGUCCUUCAAAUGGCUACAAUUCUAACAGCUAUUAUGCAUCGUCAGAUUCUACGAUAACAAACACACAUAGUACAGUGAACAACAUAAAUACUUCGUUGCCAACGGGGUUGCAACAUAGUUCUUCUCUUGGAAUUUCGUCAAAGUUACAAGGCAAUGUACUCUCUAGAAACUCAAUUACACCAACUGGAACACUGUCAAAGGAUUCAGACGUGGAACAAGUCGACGAGACGCAUAAAUGCAAGAACACGAUUGAAGGAACAAAGACUUCUGUCCGAAGGUUCAAGAAAUGGUAUCGUGAAAAGUAUGGGAAAAAUAUCGAUAUGAAUACCAUAAACAAGUUUACUGCCCCAGAGCUUUUGAAAGAUUUCUUCACUGAAAUUAGGGAUACACGGCCAGGACGAGUUGGUAAUGAUUAUGAGCCUGUGACGCUUACGACAUAUCGUAACGGACUGAGGCGAUAUUUUUUGUACCGAAAAGUACCGCCUGCACCAGACAACUUCGAUCUAACGGACAAAACCUUCGAUAUCGUCAACAGACGGCUCAUGACUAAGCGAGAUGAUCUAAAACGAAAAGGUAAAGGUAACCAUCCCAAUGCAAUAGAGAGCAUAACACCAGAGCAACUUGACAAAAUGUGGGCUUCUGGAGCCAUCGGAAUUCACGCACCUAGGCCACUGCUUCGACUUCAGUGGUGGCUAAAUACGGUUUUCCAUGGGAUCAGAGGGAGAAUGGCACAUCACGACCUUUCCAUAGAGGAUUUCAGAUUGACAAGGAGUCCCGAUGGAAAGCUGUGCGUGGAGUACAUAAAAGGGAUCGAUCGGUUAAACAGUCCAAAAACAGAGGCAUCAAGAGGCAAGAGACGUGGCAAAGGAAGGAUUUUUGAGACUGAUGGCAGCGAACGAGAUCCAGUAAGAGCAUUUGAGACUUACAAGGCACACCGCCCACCUUCCAUUGGCUCAUUUUAUCUGACACCCAAGCAGAAUCCGAAAGGAAACAUUUGGUUCAACAAGGUUCCAAUGGGUAAGAAUUCUAUCGGAAGAAUAAUGAGAGAAAUCAAAGCAAUUGCUGGAAUAAACUGAUUUUAUUGACCAAUAUCGAUUCUAUUUCGAUUCAUCUAUUUACAAUUGAACUAUCUUACAUUUAUGAACAUUGGUCGAAUCUUGUUUAUUCGACUUCUUAUCUAGUUUAGUCAUAGAUUAGAUUUGUUAAGAAGUGUGCUUCACUUUUGAAUAAAUUUAGCAUUAAUUUGAAUCUUAGCAUUUAGCAUUUGUUUUGAAUUUAAACUCAACGUAAUCACAGUCACUUUAUUCAUAAACAUGUAUCGAAGAAAUGAAAAUUAUGUAAGCUGUAUAUUCCAAAUAACUGGAUAAGGUGCUCGAUUUGAUGAAGGAUCUGUUUCUAAAAUCAUCGACUCAUUUAUUGAAAAAUAUAGAUAAAAUAAAUGAAGACGAUAGUUUCCAAAUUAGAAUGAAAAACCAUAUAAUACAAUGCAUAAUCGGUUUCCCUAGAACACAAUCUUUGGGAGAGAUACUCCAAAGUUGUUAAUGUUGUUAAACGUUACUUUGAUGUUGUUAAGAAUCAUACCCAGCAAGAAAGAUGUUCUACUUUUUGCAAUCCGAUAGCAUCAGUGUGGUCUUUUCAUCCACGCAAGUUGCCUACUCGUUGAGGUCUUUAACAAUAAGACCAAGUAACUCUGUUUGUUUUUAAGCAAGCAAAUCAUUGUACAAAUUGUUUGUAGAUACAUGAAUUUUAUCAAUUAUCAUGAUUCGAGGCUCUUUGUAAAAACUCUUCUUAUGAAAUAACUUUCUGAAUGAAUGGCUAAAGCCAGCACGUAUAUGACCACAGUCCUCAAGUAUACCAAAGCACAAUAAAUUAUAUCAUCUGAAGCCAUCAAGUAAGACAUUUUGCACUUCAAUUCACAAAUAGUCAACGGACCAAAGUUCAACGGCUCGGGUCUGUUAAACUGAACUGAUACACGCUUUUUUAUCAGGAACCUAGCGUGUUGCCUAGUUCUUCAAGUUCCUUAUUUUUGGACUUGUUUUUCAAAGUCAAAUUCAAAAGUACCAGAGGUUCUUUAGCAGUUCCUUAAUUUAACUGGACAUUUAUUUCCAUGGAAAUUGAAUAUAGUAAAUUAAAAGUCUCUAUAGAUGUCGCUAGAUUCUUAACUGUAGCUAAAAAACAAGAUGAAAACAGAAAGAAGACUAGAAAGACAUUUGGUAUAUGCAAAAGUGGAAAUUCACUCAACAUAGAAAAUAAAACACUGAAACACUCAAUAGCUAUCUUCGUAACACACAAUCUGUGGGAAUUUAAAUUCCAAAUGUAUUAAACCGGCUUUCUAAUUCAUGAUUGUUUGCAAUUAUAGAAAUAUUAAAAAUUAACAAGUUCCUUAAGAAUGUUUUCAAUAGUACUAACGGUUCUUUAAUUGUUUUUCUUUCUUCUACAUCUAGGUUCUUUUCCGUAUUGACACUCGCGUUAAGCGUGAGGACCAAAAAAAUAAGAAACAUAGCUUGAAAAUUUAUAAAGCUGCCUCGUUUAGGGUGAUUGCUGCAUGAUUUCGUUAAAAGUUUUUCAUUUUCAGCCUAGCUAAUUUCUAGACGGAAUUUCGAUAUUUUUUUACUAUAAAUGAUGAUCUUGAGUGGAGUACCCCUUAUUUCUCAUACCACAUUUAUAAAAGUUUUUCAUUUUCAGCCUAGCUAAUUUCUAGACGGAAUUUCGAUAUUUUUUUACUAUAAAUGAUGAUCUUGAGUGGAGUACCCCUUAUUUCUCAUACCACAUUUAUAAAAGUUUUUCAUUUUCAGCCUAGCUAAUUUCUAGACGGAAUUUCGAUAUUUUUUUACUAUAAAUGGCGAUCUUGAGUGGAGUACCCCUUAUUUCUCAUACCACAUUUAUAAAAGUUUUUCAUUUUCAGCCUAGCUAAUUUCUAGACGGAAUUUCGAUAUUUUUUUACUAUAAAUGAUGAUCUUGAGUGGAGUACCCCUUAUUUCUCAUACCACAUUUAUAAAAGUUUUUCAUUUUCAGCCUAGCUAAUUUCUAGACGGAAUUUCGAUAUUUUUUACUAUAAAUGAUUAUCUUGAGUGGAGUACCCCUUAUUUCUCAUACCACAUUUAUCGAAGUAUGAAAAUGCUGAAAACCAUUAUAAUAUAAUUUAUUUAUGACUAAGCUGAUAAAAAAGAUUGACAGGAAAAGGCAACUGGUCAUCACAUCCUUAAUUGAUAAUACUUGGGCGGGAAAAACGAAAUCGGUCUGCCACUGUUGAAUGUUUUAAAUUUUCGGUAAAUUGAAGAGAUUUUAGGGUCGUUUGAUGUGGUCGAUAAAAAAUUUAAUUUGGUAUGCUCUGAUGUAAAAGUCUGUUGUGUAAAUAAAUGCGUUUCUAAAACUGGCAUGAAUGUCAUCGAGAGAGGUGUCGGGUUUUUGCUCUCCCUACUUUAAGCGUUUUUGGUUGCUAACCAGUUGUGUCAGGAGCUUUUUUAUGCCUACUUUAAGCAUUAAAUGGAAACUAAACUAAUUCUUUAAAAACAAGCAGGUAAAAGACUUUAGAGACCUUCUCCAAAAAAUUAGUGAACUCCAGAAGAGAAUGGAGGUCAAAUAAGAAGUGAAUUAUCAAACAGGGUCGUCGGAAUGUCUUGACAACUGUUUAGACAAGGUACUGCUGACUCUUCAGUCAUAUUUUCGCUUUUUCUGCCAAAUCAUUGGCGGUAAGAAUUGCGUUAGCAAUACGUUUACACAUGGAACUAGGCAAUUUAGAAGACAAUUUACAAGACGAUACAACAAGAGGUGUGAUCAAGCGCAUCUCUCCUGCAGCCAACAAUAAAACGACAAAAACAGUGACUAACGAUAACAAAAAUAUAAAAGAAAGACAGAUUAGAGAAAUCAAAAGGGGGUGUUUUAUACGGCCAUUUUCUCACUGUAUCAUCAAACGCAGGGAUGUGGAAGGGUGAGGCUUGGAGCUGAAGUGCUCCAAUAAAUUGCGAAACCAUGUUUUUCAUAUUUCCAAAUUGGAAGCAGUGGAUGUGUCUGUACUCUCUCAACUCCAUUAUCUAUUGAAUUUUGUCCUAGUCAAGCAAAAGUUACCAUUUUGCUAACGGUAUAAGGGGAUGCGAGCGAUAUCAUUUGUGCUUAUAGUUGCUCGUAAUAACACAAACAAACAACGUAUUGCCCCUUCCUAUAAGGGCAGCACCAUGUGACUAGAAGUAUGAAAAUUGCAAAUCCAGCUUACUCUAGCCAAAGGCUGUUCCAUCAUCUUGAAGAGUUUAUAAAAGUGAAAAAUUAUAAAAAGAAGAAUAUUUUGUAGGCGGAAGCUUUGAUUUGCGAGCUUUGAAAAUAUUUGACUUUAUUCCACCUUUUAGCGCAAUCUUUUUAACACUUAUAUGGACAAAUAAACUCUCUUGAGCUAAUCGUUCAGUCUUUAUCUUUUUGCAAUUUAUCUGAUAGAUGGCCCUUCCCAAAAUAUUUAAUUUACCUAAUUACAUCCUGGCUUAAAUUAUUAUAAUUGUUUGUUUCUUUUUUUGCGAAUCAAUUUUUGAUGUUUAUCUCUCCAAGUAAUUAAAAGCCAAGUGAUGAGAUGGUUGUUUUGUUUUUUUAUUCAAAUUGACUGGAUUGCAUUUUCUUUGAAAAAAUAUUUGGUUGCUGUCUUUUUGUUUAACUUUAUAUUGGAACUUCAACCUGAAGCUUUUUCAGAUAAUUGUGACAGUAGGUCAUCGUUCUUGUCUUAGAUCCCCUUAGGGCAGAACCAGACAACCCCCUACCCCAAUUUAUUUCUUCGAGAUUAUCGAAAGCAUCUCCUUUUUCCAACCCCCGUUUCUAUAGGUGAAAAUUUUCGACUAGAAAUUGAAUUCAAAAUUUCCUUACAUUCGCUUCUAACCUAAUUUGCUUCAGAUAAGGUUGUCCUCCCCUUUAAUGGAAAUUUUCCUAUUGAUUAAAUCUUUACUUUAAUAUGACCCCUCUUAUCUUUUAGCAUCUCCGGCCCCAACCUUAGACAAGUCACAAGUAAAGGGGGUGGCAAUCCUUUCUAGUGGGCUUUUGUGGGUGGCCCCUAUCAUGGCUCUUAAUGGUGGUUUAUAUCCAUUACGGACCUUGUAUGAUCUACAAAGUCUUACUCAUAAUUGAAAUUUAAAUUUAUAGUUCCCUAAAAUUUAACCUGAUAAUAUUAGCAUAUUGUCCGCUCCAAAUAGCAUAGAACGAGUAGCAAAGCUUGGCUGUAAACCAUCUACACUACAAAACUGCCUACUAUUAGUGUGUCAAAAUGUGUCAUACCGAUUUUAAAAUUUUGGUAUUGCGUUCGCGCUUAGCAGCACUGUUUUCAGUUCUUGUUCCUGGAUCCUUCUAAUCCCAGUCCUUUUGCUUACCUGUUUAACACAGGAAGAUGGUAGCGCUAUCCAAAUUCCAAAACCUAACAAAAUGCCACCAGUGAGGUAAAGCAACAAAAAUGCUCUCGGCAGACGUUCCUCCCCUUAAAUAUCCUCAAAUAAUUGACGCUCAGUCGUUGCUGUUUUGCAACUUUACCGAUAAAUUUACACGGACAGUUUUACAUUUUGGGUAGAUAUUCAUGAUGAAAAAGACAUCGAUUUCAUGUCUUCUUAAAAUUGCGAAUUUUGAUUCUACAACGGCAGCGCUAAAGAAUCCAGUGGCCUAGAACCACAUGACCUUGUCCCAUUUGCAAUUUGCAAGCCGGUUCAUUGGUAACGUGGUCAAUUUGUAACUUGGUUCAUUGUUCGCCAUCAUUGCUACUACACUUAUGAAAAAUUGUAAUUUCAUGUCUCGUUAAGCAAUCAGAAAAAUAAUGUUUUGCCUCUAAUUAAUCAGGAAUCUAAACAGCUAAAUAUAGCAUCACCCAUCCUUGUAUAUCUUUGCAAUUAAUUUCUUGCAAACUGUGACGAAUGACGAUAUCGAUUAAGUUUUCCUUUCAAGGUGUUCUGCUUGCACGUUCUUGAAUUUGUUUUCGAUUCCUUUCAGAACAGAGACCAAGGUCCUGCCCCUUCGAAACCUUUCUUUGAAUCAAAAGCAAUUACGCACCCACAUGCGAUCAAUUUCCUUAAUGAUUUGUCUGAUAAUGAAGCAUGCCAAAAGAAUUUAGAUUGCUAUUUCAAAUUGAAAGAAUUCAAGUUUGCGGUGUACAUCACUGCAAUUUUCUUUGGUUUUCUCCAUAGAUUUUUUUUAAAUUGCUUGUAAUUAUUUUGUUUGCUCCGGCAUUAACCUUCGGCAUUUUCGAUGCAUUUUUGUACACAACUCGAAAACAAGAAUGUAUGACGUGCACUUUAAUGAAAAUUUGCUGAAGAAUUACAGUGAUGAUUGUAUCAGGCAACAAAAGGCACCUGUUCCCGCAAAAAGUUUCCCUGUGUCAAUUUUCCGUGUUUCUUUUCAAAUUUCAAGCAAUUUCACUUCUCCUUCACCUGUUAUCCUAACUUUUCCUCUUAGUUUUAGUUUAUUUGCCAAUUUACCGAAAAUUUCCCUGUUUUUGUUUUCGAAAUUUUCUUCCCAAAUUUUGUUUCCAUCGGGCAUCGUUCUUUCACAUCUCAUAUCUUCUGAAUUAGUUGAACCUAAGAUAUACACCUGGAGUAAAUCUAAGUUUCAAAGGCAAAGAGCAACAUUGGCCCAAUGGUACCUGGGUCUUUAGAUCGGGUUUUUUUAUUUCUUUAUUUCUGAGAAGAUAUCUAACAAGGAACAUAAUUUCAUUACUUUUCUA